GUUAACCUGUCCUGCUAAUCUCGUUCUGUGUAGUCUUCAAUCAUGGCGGCGACCGACACUCAGAGUGCACCAGUUGGCCCUGUCCCAUUCAAGGACGUCGACGGCGACGGCGACAAGGCCUCCGUGAACCCAGAGAAGCCACGGGAAGGGCUCACUGACCUCGCCGGCAUGGUGGCGUCCCUCCCGAGCAAGAUGAGUGCCGAAAGGCCGGUGAUGAUGCGCUUCUACCAGGGCGCGUGGCUGCCGGAGGAGUGGCUCCCGGCGGCCGUCGCCAUGCACCGCGGCUUCACGCCCCGCCCUGACGACGUCAUCGUGGCCAGCCUCCUAAAGUGUGGCACCACCUGGCUCAACGCCCUGGCGUUCGCCACAAUGGCGCGCCGCACGCACCCGCCAUCCGCCGCCGACCACCCACUCCGCCGCCUCAACCCACACCAGUGCCUCCCUUUCCUGGAGGGCCUCUUCCUCAGCAACAGGGAGGCCAUGCUCGACGCGCUCCCGUCCCCGCGCCUCGUCAACACCCACAUGCCGCUCUCCAUGCUGCCGAGCACCACCACCGCCGGCGGCGGCGGCUGCAGGGUCAUCUACAUUUGCCGGGAGCCCAAGGACAUGGUCGUCUCAUGGUGGCACUUCUCCCGUCGGCGGGAGGAGAAGUACUCGAUCGCCACCUUCGCCGAGGUCGUCGCGUCCUUCUGCAGCGGGGUGAGGCUGUACGGGCCGUUUUGGGAGCACAUCCUCGGCUACUGGCACGCGAGCGCAGCUAGGCCGGACAACGUGCUCUUCCUGCGCUACGAGGAGCUACUGCGCGACCCCGCCGGGAACGUCCGGAAGCUGGCGCGGUUCGUCGGCCUCCCGUUCUCCGCGGCGGAGGAGGACGCCGGCGUCGUCGAGUCCAUCGUCGAGCUAUGCAGCCUCGACUACAUGAAGAACAUCGAGGCCAACAAAACGGGCUUCAUGGAUCCAGUGUUCAAGAUUCCUCGGGCGGCUCUCUUCCGGAAGGGCAUGACUGGUGACUGGGCGAAUCACAUGACGCCGGAGAUGGCACGCCGCCUCGACGAAAUCGUCGCCGACAAGCUCACCACUGCAGGGCUCACGUUUCAAUGAGAUUAUUGUAUAUGGAGUACUCGUUAGAAAUAAUCUUGUUGUAGAUAAUCAUGUUUAUUUUGUUGCAUGGUAUUAGUCACAGGAGUAGGCUACGUUGUCAGCUACAUAUAUGCACGAGUCAUUUGUUAGCUUGUGCGUGCAUGCUAAUCUCCCGUGAAGCACAAAGUGUUAGCUAGAGAGUGCUCGUAGUUGUGCGUGCAUGCAUGCUGGAAUUAGUCCCAUGCUUGUGCGUGAAUUAAUCUUGCAUGGAUCGAUUAGUUAGUUAUGCAUGCACAUGGUGGGUUGAUUCCUGGAUGCAUGCAGCAAGCACACGUCAUCAGAACUUGUGGAGAUGCGACCAAGGACGUGGGGCGUCGUGUGCGAAGAAGGUGGUGCUCACCCAGCGUACGUGUCAACAGUAGUGUGCGUGGAUUAUAAAUAGUUGCUCAGUGUAAUCGUUUAGAGUUUGAAAAAAAGAACAGAAAAGAGCACUAAGUUCAGUGUGGUGCCGUAAAUACUCUGUGUUACAUUGGUCUUCUUUCUGGUGAUUUCACGUGUAAGUGAAAGUUAUGUCCACUGUGUUAGCGUGAGUUCCUUUGAUUUCCAACCGUACUUCUAUGAACACGCAUACA